CAUUGCUCCGAUCAUUCUCCCUCUGAAGACACUCGCAGGGUUUACACAGACAGAGGCUCCACCUUUCCAGGCGGUUCAGUGAGCUCAGCAGUGGGCUGGAUCUGGAUCUGGACUGGGAGGGAUCAUCUCCAGUGAGUGAGCUGCUCUCUCUGUGUGUUCCUGCCUCUCUAUCUGAGGAUCUAUGCGGCUCCAGCGAUUGCACAGAAGACCUACCUUUACUAGCCACAGAAAGGCCUGCAUACUGCACCCUGGACCGUUUUCUUUUCUACAUGCGACUCCAAUCGGAAUAAAUAAUUGAGGAAUGUGGAAAUUACAGAAUGCCCACCAGCGCUGGAAAGAGAUUUAAACCCACCAAAUACAUCCCAGUGUCCACUGCUGCCACUCUCCUGGUGGGAUCGACCACUUUAUUUUUCGUUUUCACGUGCCCCUGGUUGACGAAGGUGAUCUCUCCCGCCGUGCCUCUCUACAAUGGCUUGGUCUUCCUGUUCGUCUUGGCCAACUUCAGCAUGGCAACCUUCAUGGACCCUGGAGUUUACCCCAGAGCGGACGAGGACGAGGACAAGGACGAUGAUUUCCGGGCGCCGCUCUACAAGAACGUGGAGAUCAAGGGCAUUCAGGUCCGGAUGAAGUGGUGCGCCACCUGUCACUUCUACAGGCCGCCUCGCUGCUCGCACUGCAGCGUCUGUGACAACUGUGUGGAGGACUUCGAUCACCACUGUCCCUGGGUGAACAACUGCAUUGGACGGAGGAACUACCGCUACUUCUUCCUCUUCCUGCUGUCGCUGACCAUCCACAUGGUGGGAGUUUUCUCCUUCGGCCUCAUCUUCGUCCUCCACCACCGAGAGAGACUGGCAGCGCUGCACACCACCGUCACUCUGGUGGUGAUGUGCAUAGCCGGGCUCUUCUUUAUUCCAGUCAUGGGACUCACAGGUUUCCAUAUGGUGCUUGUUGCUCGGGGUCGAACAACCAACGAACAGGUGACGGGCAAAUUUCGUGGAGGAGUAAAUCCCUUCACCAGGGGUUGCUGUGGCAACGUGGAGUAUGUCUUAUGUAGUCCCCUGGCACCUAGGUACAUGAUGGACCCCAGGAAAAAGCCCCAUGUCAAAAUUCAGCCCCCAUUCAUCAGACCUGACCUGUCAGAGAGGCAAAUCACCAUCAAGAUCAGUGACAACGGCAUCCACACCACCAUCAUCAGCUCCAAGUCCAAAAGCAGCCUGGACGGCCUGGAUGAGAAAGAAACCCAGCCGCCGCUGCCGCCCAAAGCUGACCGGUACAACCAGCUGAAGGGCCAGCUGACCUCCAGCGAAGUAGAUAGUUCUCUUUCUGGUAAGACCCACCCGUCCACUCCAGCCAUGUACAAAUUCAGGCCGUCCUUUGGCACCAUGCCCAAAGUCCACUACCACACUGCUGGAGAGAAGAUUACCAUGCCAGAUGACCGGAAGACCUCGGCUAUCUUGGAAGAGGGUGUCCGCGGUCACGACUACCGAUCUGAGCCAAACCUGGACCUGCCCGAGUACACCAACGCUCCCCUCCACCGCACCUUCCAGUCCUCUCCCCUCCAGCUGGACGCUGACCCCAUCACCUCCCGCUCUCUCAGCCUGAAGCAGGGUCACCACCGGCCGGAGAAGGGCCAGCUCCCGGCCCUGCAGCCGCAGACGGUCACCUCCACCCCGUACAAGAGUGUCUUCUCGCCCAACACGCUCUCCAACCGUAACGGCAGCUUGUCUUACGACAGCCUGCUCAACCCCAGCAUCUCCCCAGCCACUGCCAGCGAGUGCAUGGCCCACCGCGGCAUGCCGUCCAUUGGGUUCCACUCGCCCUACCUGCCCACCAAAACGUGCCACAUCCGGGAACCUGAAAUGCAGAGGCACCAGGUCACCGCCACCUACAGUCCAGUGAUGCCACCCAGGGGGAUUGGCAGGCAUUCCCCUCACCUAAGGGACAGGGACAGGGACCCGUCCCCGGUGCGCUACGACAACCUCUCCCAGACCAUCAUGGCCUCCAUCCAGGAGCGAAAGGAGAUGGAGGAGAGGGAGAAACGGCAGAUACUGCAUGGGCGCUCCCAGACCCAUAUCUAUGCCCAGGACUCUGGCAUGUUUGAUGGGGGCUAUGGCCUACCCCCAAAUGCUUGCUACCCAGAUGGGCCUCGCGGCCCCACAUCCAGAGGUCCAACACCCCCAGCCUAUGGAGGUUCCAGGGACAACCUGAUGGGGGUCGGGCUGGUGAGCUACGGCCAACGAACCCCUGUGUUGCGCCAUGCCGGCUCCACACUGGGUCGUGCCCCUAGGACUUCCUCCACCUCCCUGCACACAGAUCACAGUAGCAGCAACAGCAGCCAGAGCAGGGCCACUUGCCCUGAGGGCCCCUAUCGGUCCCCAUCCCACCAGCCCCACUCCCCUGCUAUGCCCCGAUCCCCCUCCUACUCCCACCAGAAACUCUCCUACAUCAGUGCCCAUGAGAGGACAGAAUCACCUCGUCCGGGGGGCCCAAGAGAGGCCAUGAAAGUUAACGGGCAGAUGGACUGCCAUCCCGGCACCCAAGGGUCCGCCCUCAGCCCCAGUCGCCACAGUAACGUCAAAAAGGUGACAGGUGUAGGAGGCACCACGUAUGAGAUAUCAGUGUGAGCAGGGACACCGCAUCCACCUCCGACGACAACGACCCCCCCUGCCGCAAAGAGAUUCUCUCCUCUCUGUUAUUUUAGUGAAGUCUAGAUAACAGCCAGUCAGCGGGGGCACGUGUUUUGGAGCUAUUGUCCAAUCAGAGGAUCUGUCUGCCCUUGUGUGGGUCUGUCUAGCCUGUAUGUGUUCGUACCGGAGGGGUUGCUUGUCAGUUGAUUCCGCUGCAGGCUGUAUGUGUGAGGAGUGUCUUGUCAUUAACAUUUUGUGGCUCAUCAUCUUAAGAGUGGACCGUCGAUGUUAAUACCGUUGUCUCUCAGCUGUGGUCAUGAAGCGUACGUUGUUCCAAAAUGUCACUCAAACUUUGCUCCAGCGAGCGCUGAAGGCUGAGCAAAGAAAAAAACACUACCGAUGAAUUAAACACUGACAUCCUCACUACGGACCUCUGUGAGAAGACUAACGUCCUUUCCGAGUCAAUUGACCUCAAGAAGUCAAGGUGCUUCACAUUAACUUGUUCUGUCCAUGCCGUCUCCAGCAUAUAUGUUGGAGUUGUUCAGCUUUGAGAAGUGACGGAGGACCGAUAGGUUAGAUCAGCACCGACUGCAUUUGCAGGCAACGCGAGAUAAGUGAGGUGAGAAGCUGGGAGAGGGGAAAGUCAUCGUACCAUGUCUGGUGGUUGCAUUCGAAAUUCAUUGAGAAAAGCUUGCCGUUACUCAAAAAUAAACUUCUUUGUCAAAAAGAAAUUUCUCAGGAAUGGAUGCAACCAGCAGAGAUGCUAGUUGAUAUUAAUUCAUACGUUAUGAAUGGCUCCUUCUUUGUCUCCGAUUAUUAGGGCUCGAGUAUAGCUUAGCCCCCUUUAUUCUCUUCACAAAGGUGCAGUACAUCGUCAUCGGCUUCUGUUUGUUUUAGUGGAGUUCAGUUCGGUGAUUUCAACAUGACACAAGUGCUGGCAGAUACGUUAGCGUUCUGAAAGAUCCGAAUACCUCAUCCCAAGAGUUCAGAACGAGUUCGGCCUUGCACAACCAAAACAACUUUCUGUUUAUGUUUUGUUAAAAAAAAAAAAAGAAGAAACAUUGUUUAGGGUGUAAGUUGUUUGUGUUAUAAUCAUAGGAAUGGAAAAGUGUAGAGAAACAAGCCAUUUGUCCCAUGUAGUAACAUGAAGGUCACCCAUUCAUUAUUUUGUAUUUUUUUUUUAAUGGCUUUGUUUCCUUUUUAUAUAGCCAACCUUUCAAAAGCUAUGUUUGAUACAUCUUUUUUUAUACAGAUAAUUAAGCCUGGAAUGGAUGUUUAAUUUUGAGUGGAGUUUUUUUUUUUUUGUUUUGUUGAUAAAUUAGAAAUUCAGUAAAUAAAUGAGGUCAUUAUAAUGGAAAUAAAGUAAAUACAGCUUGCUCUACCUUGCAGUGUAAAGAUGAUGAAAUUUUAUUACAAGAUAUGAGAUUUGAGGGAGUGAGAUAUUAAAGUCACAAUCUUUGAUGAGUGAAGUCAGUCACUGACAUGCCAAUGUCAACGUGUGCUGUACACGAGUCAAGGAUUGGGCUUGCCUUGAGAUUUCAUGCCAAAAGUGUCAACGCACCCCUUCAUUUCUCAGAGACAGGGAAUGGGUGACAUCACUACCAUGUCACAAUGACAUCACGGAGACUGAGCAUGUCAAAUCAAUCCAUUUGCAGCAGCUGUCUGGUACAGCUCCAGUAUUACCCGCCACUCAGAGAUGCAAAACUUUUGUUUUUAUUUAGCUAUUAAUUGAAAAAAAAAGUCUCAGACCAUGUAUUAUUUUCGACCAUAAAAAUGAGCUGAUAAUAUCUCAGUAAGAGAAAGGUUUUUAUUUAUAUUUUGCAUCAACUGAAUAUGAAAAAAAAAUGGAUGUAGAGUGGUAGAUUUGGUCCAGUUACAUUUGCAUGAAGAAUAAACCAUUGUUGCCUUUUGAGAGGAAAAGCUACUUUCAUACACAAUGAAAUGUGGCUCGUUGAAAUUGUACACUAAGAGAUAAUUAGAGCAGCAGAUGGCAGGAGUUACAGACUGGAUAAGAAAGUUCUGGAAGAAAAGGCCAAUGUACAAGGUAAUGAAUGAUCUCGCUUAAUUAUGAAAUGACAUCACUUUUUACAGGAUCUGUUUUCUUCCCAUAUCUGAUGCAUUCAUAUAGAUUCCUCUCUCCAGAGUGUAAAGGCCGGUAGCUGUGGUAGAGUCUUGCUUUCUGACAAGGUUGGAUGUUAUCGAAAACCUUCUGGUUAGUACGGUCUCCCUUUUAAGGUCUCACCCAGCUGCCUUACCAUGAACACAGUAAUGUGAAGUAACAGGAUACUCUAUUCAAGUCAUGUAUUUCUGAAUUGUUAAAAGUUGUUUCUGUUGUGAGGCUGUGGUAUACAGGGAUACUUUUUUGGCAAAUCUGAUGGGUGUCAGUGGAACAGCCAACUGGAAAAUACCUAUUACGAGUUGCCUGAAAAUACCCCCCGUCUAUCACGACCACGUAUGAAAACACUAUCGAUGUCAUUCCUCUUUAAGAUGACUGCCAUUAGUCCAAUGUUCUUAUUUUUGGGAUGGACAUCACUGCAGGUCAGGGACCAUUCCUGACAGUAAUCUAUCAGCUACAAGCUGAUUUUUUUUUUCUUUCUGAAACUCAAAUAGAAAGUUCAAUAUGUAAUUAAAACAUAGAAUAUACUAUAAAUGUACAUGCGUUCCUAUUUUUGUGAAGAGGAAAUGUUUCCCAAUGACCUGAGCAGAGUAAAUAAAGUUUCCAACUCUUUGAGUGAA